AUGUUUAAAAGUUGUACCUACUGGAUGUUAGAUUCCAUUAAAGCUUUAGUUAGACCCUGUAGAGUAGCUCCAUUGCCUAAAAACAUUAGAUAUGCUGGUGGUACAAAUGCCAAGAAUGAUGAUAUUAUGUCAGUCCUACUUGCUCACGAAAAGAGACCAACGAACACAACAGUUAAUGCUGUUAAGGGUUUGAACAAUGAAUCGGAGUCCAGUUCAGAUGAAAUGAAUGAUGUUCAUGACCAAAUGCAAGAUGUAGAAACAAUGGAUUCCGACGAUGAAGACAAUGAUGAUGUUCCAACUGUUACAGUAGGCAAUAGGACAUAUCCUAUAACUGAAAUUAACGAUACUAUAAUUGCAGAAAUGAGUCAGUCUGAAAAAGAGAUUUAUGUACAGGUUUUUCAGGAUUACUACUCUCAUAUGAAUAUUUAG